AGAAACUUCACCAACUUCAAAAGCUAGCAAUCAUGUCGGCUAUGACCAAACCUCGCGCUGAAAUGACUCAGGAGGAGCUGGCUGCCAAGGAACAGGAGGAAUUCAACGUUGGACCGCUUUCAAUCCUCAACAAUUCUGUGAAGAACAACGCCCAGGUCCUAAUCAACUGCAGGAACAACAAGAAGCUCCUUGGACGAGUCAAAGCAUUCGACAGGCACUGUAAUAUGGUUCUUGAGAACGUCAAGGAGAUGUGGACAGAACAGCCAAAAACUGGAAAGGGAAAAAAGAAGGCUAAAGCUGUGCCUAAGGAUCGCUUUAUCUCCAAAAUGUUCCUGCGAGGCGAUUCGGUCAUCCUGGUUUUGAAAAAUCCUCUUGCUCAGCCAGAGUAAACAUUUGCGUGUAUUUUUCUCUGAAUACGUUGUUUUCAUACGUUGUGUUAAGUGCGGAUUGUUUUUGACAUUUUUUGUGUGUAUCCGUUCCAUUUACUAUGAUGAAUACAUAUUUGGCUGGUUUUUAAUAAAAGAAAUGUAAAAAAA